AUGGCACGACGGGUGCGGCCCCGCCCCACGGCCGUGCCGACCAAAUCGUUGCUGGGAAAACCAGUGCAUGGCAAGACCACUGCAUUGAGCAACCAGUGUAACAUUGAGCCGCUGGUUGCACAGAGCCUGGCGUCGGGCACCCUCGACCUCGCGGCUGCGGGCGACACGAUCGACGACGUGGCACUCGUGGCACUCGCGGGUCGCCUCGCGCCGCAUGCAGCAUCAAUACACAGCCUCGUGCUCUCUGGCUCGGAGCGCAUCUCUGCGAUUGGCGUGCGCUCGGUUGCCCACGCGGUCGGAAGCGAGCUUCGGCGACUCGUGUACGCACGCGUGCCCGUGCAGCACGACGUCCUCAAAGUGCUUACUACGCGCAUCGAGGUGCUCGAGGACUUCAUUCCGUGCUGCAACCGAUCGCUUCGAAUAUGCAACCUCUCGCAUUGCGCCAUGGUCACCGACGACGCGCUGUGCUGGCUGGCGGGAACGAUCGGUGCUCAAGGCGCGCUCACGCAGUGUCGAAAGCUUCGGUCCCUGAAUCUGGCGCAAACGAUCGCGAUCACGGACCGCGGCCUCGGUGCACUCGCCAUAGGGUGCCGCGCCCUGCAGUUUCUCAACCUCGAAGGUCUCUUGCAUGUGACAGAUAUUGGUUUGACGCAGCUCGCACGCGGCUGCAAGCAAUUGCGCGUCGUGCAUCUCAAGCGCUGCGUUCAGAUUUCAGACGUUGGCAUCACCGCUCUUGGCAUGCACUGUCCCAAGCUCCAGAGUCUAAACCUGUGCGGCAUUGUGCUCUUGACAACCUCCGGGCUGUCGCAAUUCGUGGCCCAUGCCCGCGCCCUUCAGGUCCUGGAUGUCCAAGGCUGCAGCUUGCUCACGGAACAAGCGCUAUGCAUUCUCGCAACGUCGCUGCCAGCUCUGCAGCACCUCAACGUGACGGGAUGCCAGCAAAUCACUGAGAACGGGCUCCGCACACUUGCGACGCACCUCCCGUUCGUGCAGCUAGCGACGGCCUUUCGAGGCCUCGAGCCGAAAACCAACGCCACGGAGCUUAAGUUUGCGCACCACAAAUCGACGAUCGCACACUCGGCGGCCCUUCGCCUCCAGGCGUGGUACCGUGGACACCUCGGGCGGCGCAUUGCAACCUCAUGGCGCCACGUCAUGGUUGAAACGCCCGCGGCCAACAUCAUUCGGCGCGCUUACUAUCGACAUCGACUUCGCACCGAAAUUGCGCAGCGCGUCGCGCACACAAAAUACAUUGCACGCCGCGUCGCACGCAUCCAAGCACUUGUGCGAGGGGUCCUUGUACGCAUGCGCAUUCAGCGUGAGCUCGACGAAGCGUAUGCCCUCACGGUCGCCACACGCGCCGCCAAGCGCAUCCAAACACGAUUUCGUGGGUUUCGCAUCCGCCGACAAGUCAACCCCGUCAAUGUGGCACUCACGCGCAUGUACAUGCGCUUCGCCGAGGAGCGUCGAACGCGAUGUGCGGUGCGCGUCCAGCGUUGCUACCGCCGUCGGUUAAAUCGGUGUCGGCUCUCGGAGGUCGUGGGGUUGGCCCAGCGCUGGCGGCAGCAGUGUCACGACGCCGCCACAAAGCUCCAACGGCUUUUCCGCGCCCGGGCGGCUCGCGCACUCACACGGAGUCUUCAGCGCGAGCUCGAGGCGCGCCGAGCGUGGAAAGCGCAUUGCAUCACCAUGGCGAUCAAACUCCAGUCGCAUUGGCGGCGCCAUGCAUCCUGGCGGCACUUGCAGCGCGCGCGCGUGGAGUUCGCGCGGCAACAAGCGGCCUUGGCAGCGGCGGCGACGCGCAUCGAAGCGCUCGUGCGCGGCUGGUUUGGUCGCCGCGCCGCGCACGCACGGCGAGAGCUUGUCGCGUCCUGGCACGCGGCGGCGGCGACGAUCCAGCGGGCGUGGCACGCGUAUUUGCACCCGACGAGCGGCACCAUCGAGUACGCCAAGCUCGUCUCGGACAUCAAGUGGCAACUGCACCUCGAAGCCGCCGAAGCCGAAGCGCGCAAAGAUGCCCUUCUCGCGCGGGAGCGGACGGCAGCGAUGCGGGACUCGGCGUCCGAGGCCGACAGCGAAGACGAUUGGUACGAGCAAAAGGAUUCGUUUUGGUUUUCGCCGUCUCGGAACGAACGCGAGUGGACGCGGCCCAACCGAUUUGCGCGGGAGAAGAGCCUCGUCGGUGUCUCGAUCCGCGUCUUUUGGCCGCUCGAAGACGCUUGGUUUGAAGGGGUCAUCACAAAGUUUUGUGCGUCGCGCGUCAAGCACCGCAUUGCGUACCUCGACGGCGACCACGAGUGGCUCGAGCUCGAUGAUAUGGACGAAACGCAGCUCCAGGUGCACAACGGCUCGUGGAUGAUGUAUGAAAACUAUUGCCCGAGUGCGUUGGCGCUCAAAGCAGCGCUUUACGUGCACGUGCGCUUCCAGAUCUACUCGGUCGAGUACUUUUGCUGGCGCGCCGGGUGGAUCGAGUCGUUUGACGGGACCCGGGACGUGUUCCGAGUCGUCUACGACGACGAUGCGACGACCAUGGUCGACGCCGACCUCUUUGGCUGCGAAGACGAAGUUCAAGUCCAGGACAAGCGGUCACUGCAGUGGUUCCACUUGGGCACCUUCUUUUUUGGGCCAAGCGAUCCGACGCUGCGGGUCGCAGACUACCUCGCGUACGUCCCGCCCGUUUACGAUGCGACGUACGAAUCUGCCGAGUAUGCUGCCGAGUACGAAGGCGACGUUGCCGAGUAUGCUAUCGAGUGGCAGGACGAUGCGGCAGCCUACGACGAGAGUCUCGUGGCCGCGGCCGACGCGUUUGCGACUGGCGAUGCGAUGGCGAUGGCAAGUCUAGACGAGCCGAAUGCCGUAGAUGCAGCCAGCGACGGCGACAACGACGAUGAAGAUGAAGAAGAGGACGGAGAGGACGAGGAUGUGGAUGCUGACGACGACGGCAGCGCGGACGAUGCUGACGACGACGAGGAUGACACUUAG